GGUCAAUUUAGAGUCACCAGUUAACCUAACCUGCAUGUCUUUGGACUGUGGGGGAAACCGGAGCACCCGGAGGAAACCCAUGCGGACACGGGGAGAACAUGCAAACUCCACACAGAAAGGCCCUCGCCGGCCCCGGGGCUCGAACCCAGGACCUUCUUGCUGUGAGGCGACAGCGCUAACCACUACACCACCGUGCCGCACCAUAUAUAUAUAUAUAUAUAUAUAUAUAUAUAUAUAUAUAUAUGUUUUAAGAAAUAGUUGUUGUUUGUCAGCAAAUUGCUUUUCGCCGUUAUUAAGCAGAAACAUCAACAUAUCACAUAUUUCAUUGCACAAUGCAAUUUUUUUUUUCUCUGGAUACCUUAUAAAUACAAAACAAACUUAUUUAAUUAUAGCCUUCAGGUGUAACUAGGUACUUAAGAAUCAGAAUGAAUUAUUCUCCAAAUGUUCAAAGCACUGGAGUUUAAUUCAGCAGGUCAUGUAAUGUGCAAAAAAACAAGCGAUGUGCAGAUAUUAAAUAUAAUACAGUACAAUAAAUGCAACACCAAUACCAAGUCCACAUUCAGCACUGACUGGUAAAGAGUAGGUCAGUGCUGCUUGUGUGUCAUAAAUGGGUUGGAGAGAAGAGAAGAGAGGAGAAGAGAGGAGAGGAGAGGUGGAAAAAAAUACCGUUUACUAGAGAGCUUCUGAAACAGACAGCUUCUCAGAAUAGGAUCAGGCUCAUACAUGUACGACAAAUGCUUUCAUGAAGAACACAGCUCUGUGAUUCCUGACUUUAAGCUGGCAUACCUAAUCCUCCUUCAGCCACUGCUGGAAGGGCUGCGGUGCAUGCCACAAUGCCAGAAAUAAUACAGAAUCAGCCAGAAACUACCCAGAAACCCACACGGAGGAAAAAAAACAAAGAGACGCACAAUGCAGUCGAAAGACACCGCAAAGAGAAGAUCAAUGCUGGUAUCAAACGAAUCGGAGACCUCUUGCCUUGCUCUCAAGCCUUAAAACAGAGUAAGAAUAUGAUUCUAGGGGAAGCCCUUCGUUAUAUCACUGAGCUGAAGCAACAGAAUGAUGAACUGCUGCUCAAUGGAGGAGACAAAGUACAAGCGGAAGAGAUAAAACGCUUACGACAGCAGGUGGAGGAGUUACGAAAGGAAAGUGCUCAUUACAUUGAGCUCCUCAAAGCAAAUGGGAUCAACUUUCUGGAUGACCCCACUAUCCACUGGAAGGGCAAGCAGCGCUGUGCUAAAGUAGCCAAAAUAACACCAACUCACUUGAUGUCAAAUGGAAUAAUUGUGUACUCUAAUGAGAAUUUGGCUUGUUCAGCAAGUAAAAUGUCUGCUCCUUCAAAUCCUGUUUCUCACCUGGAUAAGCAGCCAGUCAAUGCUUUAGCCAUCCAGCCAUCUUGCAAUGUUCAAAUGGGUCCAGGUCAAGCACUUGGUGUCCCAAAUGGAACACAGAUCAAUGAAAUAACAGUCACCUCUACUACGUCUUCACACGUUCCACUAGCGACUCUUAUUCCUGCUGUGUCCAAACCCUGUAUUGCAGUGGUGGAACAGUAUGCUGCUGUGGCACCUGUUGCUCCAAAACUGCCCCCUCCUGGGAAUUAUGUUACUCUUCAAGGCAUAUGUCCCAAGCUUGCAGUCACUGCUCCUAGUCCUCAACAAAUUCAACCAGCCAAGCCGACACCAACUCUUGCAUCUUCCACCAGUUGCACAGUGCCAGUCCAACUUCAGCCUACAUUUAGUCUGUCCUCCUUGCAUCAAACCAUGGUCAAUAACACACUUGUUUCUGAUUCUUCUUCAGUGCUGUCACACAAUACCGAAAGCAUGUCUCUUGCCCAAACAUUGCCAGGCAACCCUGCUCAUCUUAGGACCAGUGCAGCUAGCAGCACGCAGACUACAUGGACAACACUACAGCUUACUGGGAACACGGUACAGCCUGUAUGUCGUGCUUUAGCCACAGAAGCCAGUAACUCUGGGCAUAACAUUCCACAACUAUCAGUAUGUCCUGUUGUGGCAAAUCCCCAAGUCCAUCCCAUUCCUCUGCAAGUGCAAACGCAAGGUCCUAUGCAACUGCAAACCCCCAAUCCAACAUGCGUCCCUGUUCGGUCUAACCCUCCCCAGUUGUUACCAGCUGUGCUCCCCUGUCCUCAAACACCUGUUGUUACUCAGGCAUCACUUUUAUCCCAGACCCCUGUGGUACUUCAUCAACCACCACUUGUACCCCAGACAGGGUUACUAACUCAGUCACAAACCGUUGUAGCUCAGCCCACAAUUUUACCCAAACCUGUUCCUCCAUCAACUCAAACUCACACAUACCCAGCCAUACAACCCAAGCCUCAAAUCCAUCAUGCUAUGCCACCUCAGCACGAAUUACAACCCUCUAUGCCAUCUCAGCCCCAGUCCCAACCAGCUGUAAUACCCCAGUCCCAGUCUGCCCUUGUGCCUCCUGUUCAGCAAACACUUGUGCCCCAGACGCAAGCCACCACACUGCCAGUACUCCAGACAAUGCAAGUUGUGCAAAUGAAUUCAGAUGGAACCCCAGUAAUCGGGUCAUCCCUGCCUCAAAAUAAUCCAAAUGUUGUAAUUUUGCAGCAGGCUAAUACAUGUCCAGCCCCACAAGUAAUUAGAGAGGAUGUGACUAACCAGGCGGCAUGCCAGCACAUUGUUAUAAUCCAGACACCAACAGUGCCGCCUACUCAACAGAACCAUCAAACUAACAUUGUGCCAUCUGCAGUUACCACUUUGGCUAAUCAAAUAACCACCUCCAGCAACCCUUGUCCCACUACUGUUCAAGCUAAACAGCUGGUUCACAUCCUUCCACGUCCUUCAGCACAGAUUCAGACACCGGCACCCCAGACUAUCACUGUGAAUGGACAGGUUUACGUCUUACAAUCAGUGAAAUCAGCAGACACUGGGAGCUCUCAGGUUAGCCAAAGUGCUACACAAAUCAUUCAACCCACCUGUGAGGAACCUAACACCAAUGUUGCAUUGAAUUGUUUGGGUGCCCUCACUAGCCUUAGCCAGAGCAUUUCACAAGUCUCCAAUCAAAGCAUUUCACAGGUUUCCAGUCAAAACAAUGUACAACUGCAAAUUACUCCACCUUCAGACACUACAGUGCAGUCUUCUCUAUCCAAGCUGGUUUCAGGAGUCAGUAUAUCUAGUGAGACUGUUAUACCCCCUGUUGUACCCGUGUCAACAUCAGUAAGUUGUGCAGUUAACAUCCUACCAAAAAAGACCAGUGUAUCCUCUGUAAACCAACCCAAACAGAGGUCGGGUAAAAGGGCCAGACCAGUCAAGAGAAAAGAAGCUAAUCUGAAGAGAAGCAUGUGUCGAAUUGCUGCAAAACCAGCAAAUAGUAUGUCAUCUCAGUCAAAUGUCGCACAAGGACAUUCCUCCACUAUAACAGAUAUUCACUUUAUGAAUUCUGCCAGUGAGGAUAUGAGCCACAAAACUAGUACUGUAAGUACAUCCUUGGCCAUCAGUGAUACUUCAGCAUGCGAUACUUCUACAGCCAUUUCUAUCAGUUCAAAUAGUAAAUUAAGUCACAGUCCUGCCAAUUCAGCAACAAUUACAACAAGUGUCACUUCCCUAGUGGACGAUGAUGUAGUUCAAAGUCAUGAAAAAAGUGUUGAUGCAUCUCCCCCAUCCUACACUAAAACAGUUGGCACCCUUAAUUCUGUUACUCCCCUUGAGGAUAGCUCGGUAGUUCAUGCCAGCAAUGAACCUGUUUUAACUAAUAAUAUUGACCUUCAGCAAAAUGAAUCAACAGUUAGUGGUUUCUCUUCUCAGUGUAGCACAUUAACUAGAGGUGUUACUUCUCCCACAAAAUCAUUGAUGAAUGAUAACUCAUCUAGUGCACGCAUUUCUCAAGAUAAAUCAACAGUGAACAAUUGUUCUACUAGUUGCAUACAAACAGAAUCAAGUCCUACUUUAGUUCAGAACAGAACCACACUCACAAGUGUCAGUUCUUCAGAAAAUAAUUUGAAGGUUUCAUCUGUUGAAACUGCACUUAUUCAACCCCAGAGCAUACUUUCAGGUACAAGUGCUAAUUCAAUAAAGAGUCUCGAAAGAGGAUCCCUUUUAGAGAAGGUUCAACAAGUUCAAACAGAGCCUGCAGUAGUUAAAGCUGCAGACGCUACACAGAUGCACACACCUUUUGUUUUGCAGUCCACAUCAUCAACUUGUUCAAAUCCAUCAGAUACAACACCACCAGUUCUACACCAGGAAUCCAGGAAUUUGAACACAUUCAGUAAGCUUCUUAAACAUUCAGAAGAUAAUAUGUCUGUAACAACUGCUAGCCAGAUUCAUUCUGUUAGUAUCAAACUUAGUCAAGCAAAUUCAAGCAAAGAGCUCAGCAGAGGUGAACAUUCAAGUGUUACCACAGAAAAUAUAUCUGAGGCAGAUUCUUUCUUGCAAAAAGAAACCGUUCUUUCACAAGAGGUAUCAACAAUGGGAAAUGAAUCCUAUGAUUCCACGCUAGUGGCAAAUAGACAGGCCGAUUCACCAACAGCAGGAGCUUCAAGUAACCGAGGUUUUUCAGUUGCAUCACUACUUCCAACAGGUCAGAAUAUUACUGCAUCUCCUAAUACAUUUGGAUCUUUUAGUUUCACCUCUGAGCAGGCAGAAAUCUUAGCAAUGGCUGCAAGAGCUAUAUUUGAGCAAGACAGCCCUGGAAGGAAGAGUGAUAACUGCAGUGGUGACAACCCAUCAAGUACAACUGCCACCAGAUGGGAACUCCCAAAAACACAACAAACCCCCAUAAUCAAAGAAAGGGUCACAAGUCAACAGUUAAAGCAGGCAAAUCAAGGUGACAUAACGGUGUCAAAGACUCCAUCAGUAGUUGAGGUUUCUGGCAUUAGUACAUCUGGUGUCCGACUUCCACUAAACACAGCUUAUUCUCAGUCACAAGCUAGUACUCUCACUAGUCUAAAUGUUAAUAAUCUCAUCAGGCCAAGCUCUGUCCAGUCUUACCCAGGGUCCCCAAACCUUGUUCAGCAAGUAUCUGUUCCAUCACCAGGGGGAGUGGCAGUUCUCGUGUCUCAGACUUCAUCUCAGGUCACCCAAAGCUGCUCUGGCACAGUACAAGUUAAUGAAUAUACACCUUUGAAAAGUGCACUCAUGAGAAAUCACAUAGGUACUGGGAUAUCUGAACGUCAUCAAAAGGAUAUGCCAAAACGCUCUGCCCAGGAGGACCUUGUUCUUCCUAUAAACAAGCGCUCAAAACCAUGCCCAGCUGGUAGUAUUGCUCGGAUAGAUGUUAAGGGGGCAGAACAUGUCCAAGCAAUGUCUGGACAAAUGCCCCCAAAUUCCUCAUCAGUUAUGACUGGGAACCAUUCUGAUGGAGGAGGUGCCCUGUUUUCAGGAAACACUUUUAUGACCACUGUGCUUCGUCAAUCUGAAGGACACUGCCCACCUCAACUGGCACCACAUGAACAAAAUCAACCUAGUGUGCUGCACCUACAACAGGCACAGAUACAGCAUGGCACACCACAAUCUGGACAGAUCCUGGGAGGAAGUCAUUACCUCAAACAUCAACACCACCAAGAACAACAGAGACACCUCUACCAACUUCAGCAUCACCUUACACAACCAGACACCCAGAUCCACAAUAUUCAACAGAGAACUUUGCUACAAGAUCAGAAUGUCCAUAAAAAGAGAGUCGUGCGAGGUGGUCAGACAGGACCUCCUGUUAAUCUGCAGAAACAGCAUCACUUGGAGAAGAAUGGUGUACAGCAUCAGCCACCACAGCAGUCUCAGCAGCACCAACAGCAAGCUCAGCAGCACCAACAGCAGCAGCAACAAUCUCAGCAGCACCAACAUCAGCAACAACCACAACACCAACAACAAAAACCACAGCAGCUGCAACAGCAGCAACAGCCACACCAACAGCAACAAAUGCAGCAACAAGGUUCACACUCAAGGCAUCAACAUCUUCAGCAACAGCUUCAGCAACAACACUUUAGUAGACAGGAAAAGAAUUGUGACGGUCAACAAGCAGGCCCCAGGGCUCAUCAGAACAACCAUUUGAGUCAGCAAGACCGCCAGCCAGGACAGGAUCAUGGAGCUAUGCAAAGGCUAAUGGGUACUCGCACUUUAGAGCAGCAACUAACUUCACAGGCUAGUAAUCCUGUUUCUCGCUCUUCAGACCUUGCUUGUACUCCAUCACGACAGGAGCGUCAUCGGCUGUCUAGUUAUUCUGCUGAGGCGCUUAUUGGGAAGACUUCAACUGCUGGUGACCAACGUAUGGGACUUCAUACAUUGCAAACUGCUCGUGGUAAUUCACAGGAUCAGCCUGAAUUACAGGGUUAUGUUGACUCCUCACAUGGCAAAGGAAAUAUUAGUCAUAAUCCUCAAGGCAGACUAGCUCAAGAACACUCGGGGGCUUCAGAAAUUCAACGGAUAUCAGAGCAUCUUCCUUUCAAGACUCUUGGUAAUGGGCUUCAAGUAAACAACUUUGAAGUGCAAGUGUCUCGCAGUGGUGAUAUGGCCAGUAAAUCUGUACCUCCAGCUCAGAGAGGUCCUCAGCCACAAACUGGAUUUAGAAUGGGGGCUGGUUCGUCUGGUGAUGGACGUAGUCGUGGUACGUAUGGGACGCAUCCUUCAGCACAGGGGCUACAGACUGGAGCAGGGUUGCCACGUGAGCAGGACUCAUGCCAUCAGAGCUUUAUGCAAAGUCUAUUGGCUCCACAUCUUCCUGAACAAACUGGGCACCAGAGGGCUGCACAAGGCUGUCCCCCAGUGAGCAUAGAUUACAACUGUGUGCCUGGAGUUUCUUCUGGGGAACUUCAGGCUAAAGUCUCAAGCCCUAACUUGCAUCCUACACAGACAGCCCCUCCCAUGCAUCUUGGGGACAACAAUAAAGGGCACAUUUCUCAGGUUAGUGGAAAUUUACAUGGUUCAUCUGUAAGAUCAGUUCUGCCCCAUCCUCCAUCAACACCCCAUAGUAGCUCAGAUACAGUCCGUGCUCAAGGCUCUUCCAGGUCACUUUCAGCUGUCAGUCAGAGAGCCCACCAUAUUGGACCAGAUCCGCAAAGUUCAAAAAUCCGCCCAGGCGAUCGACCAAGGUCUGGUAACUUGAGACCUGGGAACACAUUUGAGCCUGAAAGUCCAUUGCCACUUCCGUCAGGUGGGGGAGUACUCCUUGGGCGGCCACAGGCAGGUGGUGAAUCUCGGCGCAGAAGUAUUGUGCGUUUUAUGCCGGAUGGUGCACAGGUUGGCAGUGACAGCAACUUGGUUUCAGAUCAGCAUCUCACCCAGAACUUUGGCUUUCCUUUUAUUGGAGAGGGAGGUAUGAACCCUCCACCUCCGAUUAAUGCAAAUGCAUCUUUCAUUCCCCCAGUCACCCAGCCCAGUGCCUCGCGUACCACUGCUCUCCUUCCUGUAGAGCCUCAGAACACUCUUCCUUCUUUCUACCCCUCUUAUUCACCUGCUGCUCAUCCAAGCAUUCCAAAUGAGAUUCCUAUACAGUAUUUUCCUAACCAGAUAUUUACAAGUCCAAGUGCUGAUAAGAGUAAUACUACUCCACUGAACAACCGCUUUGGAUCUAUUCUUUCCCCACCACGUCCUGUGGGCUUUGCACAGCCAAGCUAUCCGCUGCUGACAGAUAUAACACCGAUGCCCAUUGCAAACUCCUCAGGCAUUACUCCUCAUUUAUCCAGCUUUAACCUGACUUCUCUGUUCCCUGAAAUAGCCUCAGCAAUGCCCCCUGAUGGUUCCUCAAUGCCAAUGUCCCCUUUACUGUCACUUGCAAAUACUUCCUCCUCAGACUCUAACAAACAGUCUAAUCGCCCAGCUCACAACAUCAGCCACAUUCUUGGGCACGACGGGACCUCUGCUGUUUGAAGUUGGAGUAGCAAAGAUAUUAAAUACUAGUAGUUAUUGCCUGUGAACCUGAUUUUCCUCUGAAUGGCCCAGUGGAGAGUGGACACGUGAUUAUAUACAUUUUCAUUGUGUUCUGUCAAAAUGACAUAAAUCUCUCCCUGCGUCUCCUCAGUGACAUAGACUCAGCUCUAGUGGAAGUCUCCGGCGAGGAGCGCUGAUUGUGAGGUCCCGUGCAAUCGAAAUUCUCAGGCGAGUCAGGGAGGGGAUUCCCCACCAAGGCUGCGUGCAGUGUGUUAGCAUUAGCAUGUAGCCUACAGGAAAUGAAUAGUGUGUUGGAUUAGCACUAAUCCCAUGUUUUGUAAAAUUGAAAAUGUUGUCUUGGGCCCCUCUGGGGUGUCACCAAUCCAUGUGCAAAGUAUGGAGUAUGUGCGUCCAGCCAUAUCAAUUUGUGUAGGUGAACAGACAAAGAGACCGACAGCCUUCCUUUAGUAGUACAGAUUGCCCUCAUGUCCAGUACUGUCUAGAUGUAAAUCAUGGUGUCUCUUGAAUGAAUUUACUUUACCUUUGGAAAAUAUGGUUUACUGCGAUAUGACACAUUAAAAUCUUUGCCUACAUUUCUGCUAAAAUCCUAUGCAUACAGCAGCUCCAACUUUACUCUUGUGGUUGCUAGUAAUAUGAAUAACAACUGAGGGGUCAAUACCUACAUGACUGAAGAGGUUACUACCUGACGUAAUGCCACAAUAAAUACGCUUUUUUUUUUUGAAUGGGUAUAAUCCUUCAUUAAUUAUGGUGUAUCUUGGGAAUUUCCAAGUUUUCCCCAUCUCUUAAAGAGACUAAAGAGAGAUUUUUUUUUUUUUAUUGAUUAACAGAAUAAAAGUUAAAAUAUUUUUACUUAUUUAUGGAAAAAUCUGUUUU